AAUAAAGUUGAAAUAAGUGAAUUACUCCCUUUUACGAAAUUGUAUACAAACAAUGCAUUUUAUGGAACUUGAAUCUUCCGACGUAUCUACAGAUUGAUUUAAAGAUAAUGACUUAUUUAUCCAUUUUGGCGAUAAAUGGAAGCAGUUUCCUUGACGACGGCUAACAAUAAUUGAAUAUCAAGUUGCCUGCAGCCUACGUCAUGGCUUUCAAUUUAUGCCAAUUUUGACAAGUAAUUCGUGUGAUCAACUUGAAAGCAAGUUCUUUCCCGUGUAACGGCAGCGUAACAUAAAAUCUCAAUAACACGUCAAACAUUGAUUAUUUUCAGCAAAUAUAUUUUUGAAUUAUGCAUAAGCCUAAUUAAAUGUCUUGAAAAUUCACACAAAAAUAUAUACAUAAUUUGUGCAAAGCGUAUAAUAAAGGGGAGAAAAGAAAGAACAUUAAUCCAAGGAUUUUGAAGUGUAAUCAGACAGUGAAGUGAAGUGAAGCCAAAAAAUGAGCUUUUCCAGCGAUGAGGUGAACUUUUUAGUUUAUAGAUACCUGCAGGAAUCAGGUUUUGUACAUUCGGCUUUUGUUUUUGGCGUAGAGUCUCAUAUUUCACAGAGUAAUAUAAAUGGCGCUUUGGUACCACCGGCUGCGCUGCUCACCAUUCUACAAAAAGGCCUAAUGUAUACAGAGGUAGAAUGGAGCGUUGGAGAGGAUGGUGAAGCUGGACGUCCAGUUGAGGGAUUAAGUUUAAUUGAUGCCGUUAUGCCCGAAGUAAAACCACCCAAACCAGCAGCUGUAAAAUCAGAGCCUGGCAAAGCUAAUGUGGAGAGCAGCAAUGCAGCUGCAUCGUCGACAACAACGGGCGGUGUCGUAAAAUCGGAAGUAAAAGCAGAGAGCAAUGCUACAGGAGCUGCAACAUCUAACGAGCAAAGUGCUGGAGGAGCUUCGUCCACAUCUGCUGAUUCUAAUGAAACUGAUGGCAAUGCCAAUUCCGCUUCAGGUAAUAAUACAACAUCUGGCGCCCCAUCCGUUGGAAGUGCUAAUUCUACAGCUGGCACAACUAGUGACACUUCUUCAACAGGGAAUAAAAAGGCCAACCCCUCCGAAGGAACACCGGUUAGCUCGUUAGCUACAGAUGAUCUUACAACAAACCCGAGUGUCAAUAAUGGCAAUAAUGCUGGCGCUAAUCCAAAUGUAAAUGAACCAACAACAACCACAAAUGCGGCAGUAACUGGCUCAACAACAGGAACAAAUAUCUCAAGCACAGGUACUACUACUGCUGCUACUGGCAGUGCAGCUAAUAAUUGCCCUGCUCCAGGCAAUUCUGAAAUUUUGGCACAAAUGCAAAUCAGUAAUACUACUUCAACAUCAGGCACAGAACCAAUGGAUAUCGAUCAAAGUAUUGAAAUACCUGCAUCGAAGGCAACUGUACUACGUGGACACGAGAGCGAAGUAUUCAUCUGCGCCUGGAAUCCCAGCAGAGAUCUUCUCGCCAGUGGAUCUGGUGAUAGCACAGCACGCAUAUGGGAUAUGUCUGAUGCAACCAGUAGCCCCAAUCAAUUGGUUUUACGUCACUGCAUACAAAAGGGAGGUGCCGAAGUGCCCAGCAACAAAGAUGUUACUUCGUUAGAUUGGAAUUGUGAUGGCACUCUACUAGCUACAGGCAGUUAUGAUGGUUAUGCACGCAUUUGGAAAACUGAUGGUCGCUUGGCAUCAACUCUGGGCCAACAUAAGGGUCCAAUAUUUGCAUUAAAAUGGAAUAAACGUGGUAAUUAUAUACUCUCUGCUGGAGUGGAUAAGACCACUAUAAUAUGGGAUGCUUCGACUGGGCAAUGUAACCAACAAUUUUCGUUCCACAAUGCACCCGCACUCGAUGUCGAUUGGCAAACGAACGUCUCAUUCGCUUCGUGCAGUACUGAUCAACGUAUUCAUGUGUGCCGUCUUGGCUCAGAUAUACCCAUUAAAACAUUCAAGGGUCACACUAAUGAGGUGAACGCUAUAAAGUGGUGCCCACAGGGUCAUUUGCUCGCCUCCUGCUCGGACGAUAUGACAUUGAAAAUUUGGAGUAUGAAACAAGACAAAUGCUGUCAUGAUUUACAAGCUCAUAACAAGGAAAUCUACACAAUUAAAUGGUCGCCCACUGGACCGGGUACACAAAAUCCCAACACGAAUCUAAUACUUGCUUCUGCAUCAUUUGACUCCACUGUACGUUUAUGGGAUGUUGAGCGUGGCACAUGCAUACACACGCUUACAAAACAUACAGAGCCGGUGUAUUCUGUAGCAUUUAGUCCAGACGGUAAAUAUUUGGCGUCGGGAAGUUUCGAUAAAUGUGUACAUAUUUGGAGUACUCAAUCCGGGCAGUUAGUACACAGUUACAAGGGCACAGGCGGUAUAUUUGAAGUUUGUUGGAACUCUAAGGGUACUAAAGUGGGUGCCAGCGCUUCGGAUGGUAGCGUUUUUGUGUUGGAUUUAAGAAAAAUCUAGAAAAUAGUUUAACUAUUCUCAGAUAAAUGAGCAAUUAUUAUAAGAAGAAAGCAUUUGAACAUUUUAUAUUAAAAAAACAAUUAAGCAUGAAAAGCAAAAUAUUAGUUUUAAGCAUUAAACAUAUAUGUAUUUGGUUUUAUAGAGAUUUCAAAGUACAAUAUUUAGUAUAUUUCUAUAAUUUUGUAAGAUACUAUAUACGAAACCCAAAAUAUGUGCAGUUGGAGUUUUCUUCAGAACUACCAGUUGAAACUAUUUUAAUUUUGGUUUACGCUGUAACGGCUUCGCUCAAUAAAAAUUUGCAAUUAUCA